AGAGAAAGAAGAGGACGUACCUUCCGCUUCAGUAAGGUUACGAAACCAAAGCUGAGCCCCAAAAACAUUUCUGACAGUGAGGACUUGAACUUCCAUUGCACCGCGGCGAAUGGGGUUUGCCAAGUUCUGCAGUCUGGACAGUUCCGAUCCGUUUUGGGAUUGGAACCGUACAUGGUACGCUGCUAACCCAGACCUCACCCAAUGCUUCCAGAACACUGUCCUGGUGUGGCUGCCAUGCCUUUACCUGUGGACGUGUGCCCCCAUCUACCUCAUCUACCUCCGCAGCCACGACCAUGGCUAUAUAUGUAUGAGUCACCUCAACAAAGCUAAAACUGCUGUCAGCCUUCUACUGUGGAUUAUCUGCUGGUCAGAUGUUUUCUAUUCUUUCUGGGAAAGAAGUCAUGGCAGCAGUGGCCCAGCACCAGUCCACCUAAUCAGUCCAACCUUACUAGGCCUGAGCAUGUUGCUGGCCACCCUGUUAAUCCAGUAUGAACGGAUGAAAGGGGUUCAGUCAUCUGGAGUAAUGCUGAUCUACUGGCUGCUGGCACUGCUGUGUGCCACAGUCACCUUCAGGUCCAAGAUCCUCCAGGCCCUGGACCAGCUAUUGACGGUGUGUGUGUGGAGGUAUACCACCUUCUAUAUCUACUAUUCUCUGCUGCUGGUUGCUCUCUUCCUGUCCUGCCUGACGGACCAGCUGCCCCUCUUCUCCCAGGCCAUUAAAGACUCGAAUCCCUGCCCUGAGCCGGGAGUUUCUUUCCUCUCCAGAAUAACCUUCUGGUGGAUCACCAGGAUGAUGGUGACGGGCUACAAGCGCCCACUGGAGGAGAAGGACCUGUGGUCUCUGAACCCCGACGACCGCUCCCAGAGAGUGGUUCCGAAGCUGGUGUGUUGCUGGAACACAGAGUGCCAAAAGGUCAAAAGGACAGAGCAGAAAACUUUGUACUCCCCUAAGCGGGUCCCACAGAGUGAGGGCAAAGAGGGCCAAGCUGUGGAAGAGUCUGAAAUCUUGAUUGUAAAAUCUCCCCAGAAAACAAAGGAGCCCUCCCUGUUCUGGGUACUUUGCCUGACCUUCGGGCCCUACUUCCUCAUCUCCUGCCUCUAUAAGAUCAUCCAUGACAUCCUCAUGUUUGUUGGGCCCGAGAUCCUCCGGCUGCUGAUCCACUUCGCCAACAACUCCAGUGCCCCCUCCUGGCAGGGAUACUUCUACACCGCUCUACUCUUUAUAUGUACCUGUGUGCAGUCGCUCAUCCUCCAGAAAUACUUUCAUGUCUGCUUUGUCUCAGGCAUGCGUCUGCGCACCGCCAUCAUCGGAGCUGUUUACAGGAAGGCCUUGGUUAUAAGCAGCGCAGCACGCCGCACCUCCACAGUGGGAGAGAUCGUCAACCUGAUGUCAGUGGACGCUCAGCGCUUCAUGGAUCUCAUCACUUACAUCAACAUGAUAUGGUCUGCCCCUCUGCAGGUGGUGCUGGCCCUCUACUUCCUCUGGCAGAACCUGGGUCCGUCAGUGCUGGCUGGAGUAGCUGUGAUGGUUCUGAUGGUUCCUGUUAAUGCUGUCAUUGCCAUGAAAACCAAAACCUACCAGGUGGCUCAGAUGAAGAGUAAGGACAGUCGCAUUAAGCUAAUGAAUGAGAUGCUUAAUGGCAUCAAGGUGCUGAAACUGUACGCCUGGGAGCUGGCUUUCAAGGACAAGGUGUCAGAAAUCCGUGAGAGUGAGCUGCUGGUCCUGAAGAAGGCCGCUUACCUGGGUGCAAUGUCCACCUUCACCUGGGUCUGUGCACCUUUCCUGGUUGCCUUGUCCACUUUCACUGUGUACGUGCUGAUCGACGAACACAACGUGCUCGAUGCCCAGAAGGCCUUUGUGUCACUCGCGCUCUUCAACAUCCUGCGUUUUCCUCUCAACAUGCUGCCAAUGGUCAUCAGUAGUAUGGUGCAGGCCAGUGUGUCCUUGAAGCGUCUGAGAGUGUUUCUAUCACAUGAGGAGCUGCAGGAAGACAGUGUGGAGCACAAAGCAGCAACAGGCUCCCCACACAGUAUCUCCAUAGUGGAUGGAGUUUUCAGCUGGUCCAGAACUGAAUCACCGACACUCAAGAGGCUGAAUGUGUGUAUCCCAGAAUGCUCUCUGGUGGCUGUGGUGGGACACGUGGGUUCGGGAAAGUCCUCGCUGCUCUCUGCCCUGCUCGGAGAGAUGGACAAACUAGAAGGAACUGUGGCUGUCAAGGUGGCUGCUCAUGCUCUCUCACACAAACACACUGACACAGGUUCGGUGGCCUACGUUCCCCAGCAGGCCUGGAUCCAGAAUUCCACACUGAAAGACAACAUAAUGUUUGGUCAGGAGAGGAGAGAGGCCUGGUAUCAGCGUGUGGUGGAGGCAUGUGCCCUUCAGCCUGACCUGGAGAUUCUUCCUGCUGGAGACGAGACCGAGAUAGGAGAGAAGGACCCUGGAUCUCUGUCUGAUGACCUGGAUAACCUCUCAUCUUCACACAGCAGGGGAGUGAAUCUGUCUGGAGGUCAGAAGCAGAGAGUGAGCGUGGCCAGGGCUGUCUACUGUGACCGUGCUGUCUACCUGCUCGAUGAUCCGCUGUCUGCCGUCGACGCUCACGUAGGAAAACACAUCUUUGAUCAAGUCAUUGGCCCACGGGGACUGCUGAAGGACAAGACUCGUGUUCUGGUGACCCAUGGGCUGAGCUACCUGCCCCAGGCCGACCUGAUCCUGGUCAUGGUGGAGGGAGAGAUCACAGAGAUGGGCUCCUACCAGCAGCUCAUGGCCACAGAGGGAGCCUUCGCUGAGUUUCUGCGAACAUACGCUGCUGUCGACCACACCGACAACAAUGAAUCUGUACCAAACAGUGGAACCAAAGGAUUAGAGAACGGCAGUACAACUGCUCUUGUUGGCAGCAGUCCGGGUGACAGCAGUGUGUCCAAACUGUCCCAGACGGGCAGGAAGGACAAGACGCUGAGUAAAAAGACGAACAACCCCGAGUUGGGCAAGCUGACAGAGGCUGACAAGGCCAGCACUGGACGGGUCAAGCUGUCUGUGUUCUGGGCCUAUCUGAAAGCCAUCGGAGUGCUUCUGUCCUGCAUCAGUCUGCUGCUGUUCCUCUCCCAUCACCUGGUCUCCUUGUUCUCCAACUACUGGCUGAGCCUGUGGACCGACGACCCUGUGGUCAACGGCACUCAGCCUGACAGACUGAUGAGACGGGUGUACGGUGCUCUCGGCCUGUCCCAGGGUGUGGCAGUCUUUGGUUACUCCCUCUCCAUGUCCAUUGGGGGCAUCAUGGCGUCCCGCUGCCUCCACCAGUCCAUGCUGUAUGAUGUCCUACGCUCACCUAUGUCCUUCUUUGAGCGAACGCCUAGCGGCAACCUGGUCAACCGCUUUGCCAAAGAGAUGGACACCAUUGACACAGUGAUCCCCAGCAUUAUUAAGAUGUUCAUGGGCUCUAUGUUCAAUGUGUUGGGUGCUUGUGUUGUCAUCCUGAUCGCCACACCGCUGGUAGCCAUCAUCAUUCCUGUUCUCGGUCUGCUCUACUUUUUUGUGCAGAGGUUUUAUGUGGCAACCUCUCGCCAGCUGAAGCGUCUGGAGUCAGUCAGCCGUUCACCCAUCUACACCCACUUCAAUGAAACACUGCUGGGCACCUCCGUCAUCCGAGCCUUUGGUGAACAGGAGCGCUUCAUCCGCGAGAGUGACCAGCGUGUCGACCACAACCAGAAGGCUUACUACCCCAGCAUAGUAGCAAACAGGUGGCUGGCAGUUCGCCUGGAGUUUGUAGGAAACUUCAUCGUGUCAUUUGCUGCUUUGUUUGCUGUCAUGGCCAGAGAGAGCCUCAGUCCAGGCAUCAUGGGGCUGUCUAUCUCCUAUGCCCUCCAGCUGACUGCCUCUCUGACCUGGCUGGUGAGGAUGUCCUCUGAUGUGGAGACCAACAUAGUGGCUGUGGAGAAAGUGAAAGAGUACAGUGACACAGAGAAAGAGGCAGAGUGGAAACACGAGCCCUCCAGUCUCCCCCCAGGGUGGCCCACUGACGGCUGCAUAGACAUCAGAGGCUUCGGCCUGCGCUACCGCCACGAUCUGGACCCGGCCAUUCGCAACAUCACCAUCAACAUUAACGGAGGAGAGAAGGUGGGGAUUGUGGGGCGCACUGGAGCAGGGAAGUCAUCCCUAACACUGGGGCUGUUCCGGAUCAUCGAGGCAGCCGAGGGCCACAUCUUCAUUGAUGGGGUGGACAUUGCUCAGCUGGGCCUCCAUGAGCUCCGCUCCAGAAUCACCAUCAUACCACAGGACCCAGUGCUGUUUUCAGGCUCUCUGAGGAUGAACCUGGAUCCUUUUGACAGCUACUCUGAUGAGGAAGUAUGGAGGGCUCUGGAGUAUUCCCAUCUCAAGAGCUUUGUGUCCAGCCUGCCCAACAAACUCAGCCAUGAGUGCAGUGAAGGAGGAGAGAACCUUAGUGUGGGUCAGAGGCAGCUGCUGUGUCUGGCCAGAGCUCUGCUGAGGAAGACCAAGAUCCUGGUUCUAGAUGAGGCCACAGCAGCUGUGGACAUGGAGACAGACAACCUAAUCCAGUCCACCAUCCGCUCUCAAUUUGAGGACUGCACUGUCCUGACAAUUGCUCAUCGCCUUAACACCAUCAUGGACUACACCAGGGUCCUGGUGUUGGACAAAGGAGAGAUGGCAGAGUUUGAUGCUCCCUCCAAUCUCAUCGCUCAAAGAGGAGCUUUUUACAAGAUGGCCAAGGAUGCUGGGCUGGUCUGAAAGCAGGAGGUGCCUCACUUUGUCCAGUUGCUCCUCUGAGUCCCUCCCAGCUCCACUGGCUCCCUGCUGUGGAAGUCCUGAGUUAAAGAGUGAGAGGGAGAUAAAGUAGGGCAAUUGUUAACAUUUAAAGCGUUUGACUGUUUACGCAAGAGUCUUCAUGAGAACAAAGGAUUUGAUUUGACCUGCUCCACCCUACACUUCCGUCCUCAUUUAACUACACAAUUUUAUGCUGCCUGUCCCAAUCCACCCUGCUUCUUCCUGUUAGCCCAGAUCAUGUCUAUGUACCCCCUGUUUUUUCCUGCAUCUUUUACAUUCUUUCACUGCCAUUUCUGCCAUGGAAGAGCGUGUGACAAGUUCUAACAAGGGACGUACUGUAUAUGGCUUUUAUUUUGACCGAGCAUUGUACUUGUGCUUGAGCAAGGAAGGAGAGAUUUACUUCUCUACAGACAGAAUUCCCUGCAGUCUGUCUCAUAAACAGUUCACUUCUGGUUGUGGCAACCAGUGCUGAGGUCAGUAAAGGACAAAAAGACUGUUGUAAGUGUGAAAUCAUAUAGUGCCAAAUACUGCCCUCAAAUAUACCAGUUGUUUUGAAAUGCAGAUUUUAAACAUCAUUUGUGAUUUGAGAAGAAGCUCAGGAUGAUUAAAAUGUGCCCCAAUUCCAUACUACAUACUAAUUGUAUACAGUAUGUUCUAUAUACUAAUCUUUGUAGUAUGCUGGGUUGGUUUUUUUUGUUUGUUUUUUGUUUUUUUACAGUUGGUAUUUAAGAUAUCAACUUACUUUACAGUUUUGUACUAACAAUUAAUUUAAGGAAAAGACUGGCGCUAUUUAUCACUAUUUAUACUAUUUUCUUAUUCUAAGAAAAAUAUAAAAUAUCAUCAGACUUAUCUGUAAAGUGGGUAUCCUAAGGCACAGCCAAAUGGACUCAAAAUCUGCUUUGAAUUAGUACGCAGUAUGGAACUGGAACACAGCUAGUGUCUUGACCUUGUAGCUAGCAAAGCUAGCUGAGACAGGACAAUGCACUUGUUUUGUGUAGUUGAAUGUAAGAUCAUCAGGAGGGAUUCUUCUGAGACGGUAGGGUUUGCUGUUGGAUGUUUGCGGCAGCGCUUUGAGUAGUCAGAAAGACUAGAAAGGCGCUAUAUAAGUACAGUCCAUUUACCAUUUACUAUUUCCGACUUUCAGUUUUACUUUCGGGGCAUCAUCAGGAGGAGGUGGAGGCAUUAGGAGCAACAGCAGGUGUGCCAGCUGAUUGGUCAGAAACAUCAGUUACGCUGGUGAUGUCACAGGCCCAGGCUGUGGUGGUCUGUAACAUUGAACAUCAAGUCAUAUAUCACGACAAAACUACAAACGCACAAACUCUCAGAAUCUGUUGGAUAGAUUCUACUUGACUGUUACUCUACAUCCAGCACUGAUUAUUUAUUUAUUGUGUGUUUGUGUUCUUUGGGCAACAGUUUUAAAUUGAUGUGUUCAUGCAAGCUGCUGAUUUGGUUAGAGGCUCUACUAAUUAAUAAAUGCUUUGGAGCUGAAGUAUUUUCAUUAUACAAAAAAACACACUGUUGUUCCAAUAAGUCUUUCAGCAGUUUCAAGUAAGUGGUUUUGAGUCUUAAAUCUACAUGCACUCUACAUGUACUGUAUAGUUGUGGCACAUUUGGAGCCAAAUAAAGGGUCUCUUCUCUGUUGAAAAGCCGAUAGUAGCUUCUGCCAAUAUUCUUUGGCAACAUGCUGGCUUAGCUGUAAAAGUUCUGCUUUUGGUGAUGUUGUCCAAAUUAGUGAGAAAAGCUUUGGUUGUGUCACAGCACAUGCUGUAAAGCAUCUUGAGAUCUUGAAUGAAGCAUAUUUGUGUUACAUAUUUAUGUUUACAAAGUGAACAUUUGAUGUUUUAUAUAUACACUGCUUGGUUUAUGUAAUCAGUUUUUCAAUUAAACCAAUUUUUGUUUAAAAACAA